AUGUUGCCGGGGGAUCUGACUGGGGCUGGAGGGAGUUGCUCACUGCCAGGGAUGCUGAUGCAAGACACAUACGAUAAUGUUUGUGUACUGUGUGUGGAGGAUGACAAGCCUGGCAUUGCUGGAGAGGUUAUAGACAGAGCUCUCCAGAAGUUCCCAGGCAACCAGAUGCUGAUAGGAAGGUCGGUGUCUGUGUGGUGCAGUGUAAAACAGUUCCAGAAGGCCUUGACCUUGGUGAAACAACUGAAUCGUGAAGGUGUCCACAGUGAUGAAGUGCAAUUAAACUGUGCCCAGACAUUGCAUCAAUGCAGUGAAAAUGAGGAGUCUUAUCAAUGGCUGAAUAAGCUGCUGACUAGAACUGAUGCCUUAUCUGAUGAAAUGAAACAAGAGGUGGAUGUACUCAAGGGGAAGUUGGAUGCUGAAGCAAAGCUACAAUGAAUACCAAGAUACUUGGAUGAGGGCCACCAAAAUACUGAUACUACUGCAGCAUAUGUACUACUGACAUUUGUGACAUCUCCCACCAUUUCAAAUCAAACUUUCAUACCAGUUACCACAUCACACCUCCUUUAAUAUAUAUAUAAUGUCAGACCUCACUACUGUUUGUACAUUUAUAUUCAUAUGUAAUUCCAGCAUUAAUGCAUUGUCAAUAGAACACAUUUGUAAUGCAUUCUUAGUUCACCCUAUAAUUACCACUUCAUUGCUGUGACUCUGGACUCUUUGACUUAUCUGCACAAAGCAACCUUGCACUUGCUUCCAGACAAACAAGUGGUUGACAGAUAGAUAUUGGGAUGACACUCAACUAGGUGACGUGGUGUGCCCAUCAAAUCCUUCAUGUUGUAAGCUGUAACAGCACUGGUGUAAGCUGGCACUUAUGUUGUUUUUACCAUUUGUAAAACUGUCAGUUGUCUGUGAUCUUUAUCUUCACUGUUAGCAUUUUUAUCCUUUUACCUUUUUGUAAAUGAAACAUUUGAUUUCCUUGUUACUGUUGAAACAUACUGGUGAUAUUGGUAUUUCAUCUUACCUUGUUUUGUAUGUCUUUUUAUGAGUGACGUGGCAUGUUUUCUUUUUUCUCAGCGGGUCGACAAUAUGCUAUCAGCACUAUUGCAGGUCAUUGUGAUCCAAAUGUCACGAUGCCAAUAGUCAUAUUUUAGCAUGUUUUACAUAGUUGAUACAUGUUAGUGGACCUGGUUUUCAUGCCACUUGCAAUGCUGUCAUAUAUGCUGCUAACAUCUUUUGUAUGCAUAUUUUUAUUACCUUUGUAUCUUACUUCCCAAUAUUUAUUAUCCCCGCCUCAAAGUGUGAGGGAUAGGUUUGUGUUCCAUCUGUCCAUCCAUCCGAGAUGAUGAGAGAUUUUCUCAAAAAACAUUGUAGAUAGCGAUAUUAAAUUUGAUGUUUUCAGGACA